GAAAGGUCUGGUAGCAGAGGGGGCUGGCUGCUGCAGUCUACUACCCACAUCUACCACUUACUUCCUUAGUUUUAGAAAAUACUGCUGCGUAACUCGAGUAAAAGCUAUCAAGUGCCAUACCACCACAAAUGUCGUCUCAGAAACAAGGCAUGUUUUAAAUUAAAGCAGCCAAUCAUAUUAUUUUAUGAAGAUAACAUCACUGGGGCUUGCUACAGUGUUGGAAGUCUGUUAAAUCCACAUAAAGCAGAAAUUAAAACAGCUUGCAACUCACAGCCAUUUCUCAAACCAAAGCUGGGGAUAAUGAAGCUGAAAGACAAACUCCUUAAGAAGUUUCAUGGGCAGAUUAAGAAGCAAUUUAACAAUGACACAGAACAAAUAGAUUUCUCAAUGGAGGUGUCCAAAUGCAUCCUCAGAGAGCUUGCAGCUGAACUGGACAGACUGGUCUCGCUUAGAGAACUGCUUAUCCAGUCUGAAGUGAGCGAUGACAAAAUUCAUCAGGAAGAGAGCCAAACUCUGGUUCUGCAGUGGGCUGAUGAGCUGAGCUCCCAACAACAAAAGAGAAAACAGGAAACCACACAGAUGCUGACAGAGCUCAAGACAACAGAAGAUCAUGAAGAUUCCCAAAACCUGGACAAGGAACAAAGAUUACAAGAUGCAAAAAUGAUCCUUUCAGACUGGACAUGGAAACUUAAAAGCAAGGAGACAGUGAAACUUGGAGAGGAAUGUAAGGCUGUGCUACAGGAUCUCUGUAAACAGUGGAAGAAAGGGAAGCUGGUCAACAUUCUACCCAUCAUGGAUUUCAUAAUCAGGAUUUUACUUCAGGAAAACAAGACUGAGGAAUCCAUGCUUAAACAGUGGUUUAAGAGUGAAAAGGUGUUUAGGAAAGCAGGGGGCUUGUAUGUCCCUACUCCAGUGUGGAAUUGCAUCACAAGACAUCCAGCUGAAGUUAUUCUGGAUCCACAAACAGCAAAUCCUAAUCUUAUGCUGGACAAGGAUGGGCGCUCUGUGAGGACAAAGACCCAUGAAGAAUCCAUAACUAAUCCCUGGAAUGAUUAUCAAAGAAAACAUUCUAAGUAUGAUGGCUGGAUGUGUGUCCAGGCUAAAAAGGGCUACACAACAGGCAGCUAUUAUUGGGAGGUUGAUGUGAACGGGAAAUAUGAUUGGAGAAUAGGUGUAGUGAAGGAGUCUGCCCCACGACUUGGUUAUGUUAAUAUGAACACAAAAGCAGGGUACUGGACUCUGCGUCUGCAGCUCGGCUCUCUGAUGGCUUUGACUGAUCCAGUCACCAAACUCAAUUACAUUGCUCUCUCUAAGAUAGGAGUAAAUUUAGAUAUAGAGGAAGGCCGAGUUUCUUUCUAUGACUCAGAGAAAAGGAGACAUAUUUACACAUUUAAAACACACUUCAUGAAGUCUGAGAGAAUUUACCCUGUGUUUGGCACAGUGGAGACAGGCAGGGCACUGAGGAUUAUUUGAGACUGGUCGUAAUUUGAUUUCACCUUCUUUAUGAGUGAAACACUGAGCAUUUUCAAUGUAGAGUUAACAGCCUUUAACAGUGAUUUGUCAUUUCAUGUCAUUAAUCUUUUUUCUUUUUUCAUAGCAACAGGCUACAUACCUGACAAAAUGAAAAUGAAAAUGUGAAAUGGAUAAAUCAACAACAAAGUGACCAUCUGUGAUUCAGUUUUCUGCAUGGACACACUUUAACCCUGUAAAGCCUAAACCAUCAAAUAAUUGAGAGAAAAUUCUAAUUUUUUGAUACUGGAGCUUCUAGACCUUCUGUCAAAUUUUUAAAAAAUGAAAUAACACUUUGCAUAUUGGAGUUUUAUUUUGUAACAUAUUUGAUACAUCCAGAUUUUUAGCAAUUUAUUGCUCACAGCUUUUUUUUGUUAAACAAAUAAAAACAUAUAGAGCAGAUUUUUCAACCCUUUAUACUCUGAGUUUCCUUUAAAUCAUUAAUCAUUAAUCGUAAUUUCAAACUUAGAAAAGAACAAUUGGGAUCUUAAAAAAAAAAACAUUGGGAUUUCUACAAAAACUUGAAAUAAAGUGUGGGUUUGAUCAAAGUUCAAGUGUGCAGAAAUGACAAACCCACCAACCCACCAUCUCCCAAUAGGCUCAUACAUUGGGCAUCUGUACAAAUCCCAUGUUCAUGUACCCAGAAUUUGCUCAAUUUCUUUGGCAGUUAUGUUCACUGACUUUCCUUCUUUCUGUACCCUGUAUAAGUUUGUUUGUUCUGCAAUUUCCUGUAGCAUUUCAUCAAUCACAAAACUUUUGAAAUACAUGUAUGGAAGACAAACCUGUCUUCUGAGUCUUCCUCAACACGUUCAUCAAAUUCAGCAGCUGGAGGUUCAAAUUGUUUUUUUUUUUCCAGUGAUACUCUUUCCUUUUCACUUUGCCCCUUGCUGACUGCUUUGUUGUUGUGUCCUGUAUUGUUGUCUGGUCCUCAACUUCUCCACUUGUCUCAUCAACACUUUUAUCUUGCAAGUCUUCCUCAUCACUACUAUCUGAGUUUCCCUCUGUACACAUUGCAAUAGGAGUCCAUUCCUCAUCAUCAUCAUCUUCCCCUAACUGCUCCAGGUCAUUUGAAUCGCCAUCUAAAAUCAUCUUCAGGGCAUCUUCAACACUGUUUUUGAAUUGCUCAUAACAGAGUUCUAAAUUGCCUCAAGAAGCAACAUCAGGGGCCUUAUGAAAUCGGUUUUCAUGGCCGAUGGCACAAUGCCAAGCUUUGGCUGGACGCUGGACACUGGACAGUGGAGUAGUGGAAACUGGCAGACUAAUGGACAAAUCUGGGUUUGGCAGAUGCCAGGAGAAUGCUACCCACCAAAAUGCAUAAUGCCCAGUUAGGUGAUGGAGAUAAAAUAGUGUGUGGCUGUUUUGGGCUUGGCUUAUUAGUUCCAGUAAGGGUAAUGUUAAUCCUACAUUAUCUAAAAACAUUUUACAAUUAUAUGGUUUUGUGGCAACAGCUUGUGGAACUUGAACUUCCUGUACCAACACCUCCAGACAGAGCAACACCACCUUCAGAAGAAAGCAGCAAGUCAGACACCCAGGAAGAUGUUGAAGAUCACGAUUUCUCUUCAUGUGCAGAUGAGGAGCGGAAGCCAUACUACCCUAACCAAAAAGACCUCAACGAUCUGAUCAGAGACCUUGGUCUCACUAAGUCCAACGCUGAGCUUCUGACAUCAAGGCUCAAGCAAUGGAACUUAUUAGAUGAAAGCAUCCAAGUCACAAUGCCUAUAGUGUUCUUAGUCUGACUGUAUAAAUGAGAAGAUGCAAAAUCGUCUGUUUCUAUAAUAAAAAUUCAUAAUUUUCGUUGCCGUGGUCACAAAAGCGAAGUUUAUGAUGAACGUAAGCAAUUUUUAAUUUGUUUUAGACAUAAACAAUUGGAAUAUAACAUUAAAAAGCUGUGAACAAAACUUGUGUUACAUAGUGUUAUCAACCAGACAAUAAACUUAUGUGUGACUCAAAACUCAAAGUGAAA